CACGCAGGACACUCCGCUCUUCUUUUCAAGUCUUGACAAAACAAUCGACUGAGAAUCCUCCAGCAUGGCGGACGCAAACACUUCGCUCGCGCAGGAAACUGCGAACCUGCACCUCGACGAGGUCACAGGCGAAAGAGUCUCCAAGUCGGAAUUGAAGAAGAGACAGAAGCAAAGACAACAGGAGGAAAAGAAGAAGGAAAAGGCAGCCGCCGCGCCUCCCAAGCCUGAGAAGAAGGCUUCCAGCGCAGAACUGGACGAAAGCAACCUCAACCCGAACCAAUACUUCGAGAUCCGGAGUGGACGGGUCAACCGCAUGCGAGAAACCAAGAACCCAAACCCCUAUCCUCACAAGUUCCAAGUCAACACCGACAUCCCCAAGUUCCUCGUUGAACAUGCCGACCUCAAGCCAGGAGAGCAGAAGAAAGACGUCGAGAUCCGAGUCGCCGGCAGAGUCUACACCAAGCGAGCGUCGGGCAACAAGCUGGUCUUUUACGACAUCAGAGGAGCCGGCACAAAGGUCCAGAUCAUGUGUCAAGCCCAAGAGGCCAAGGGCGACGUUGCAUUCGAAGCACAACAUGAACACCUCCGACGAGGCGACAUCAUCGGCGUCAUUGGCUACCCAGGCCGGACAUCGCCCAAGAACAGACCCAACGAUGGUGAACUCUCCGUCUUCGCGCACGAAGUCAUCCUCCUCACGCCCUGUCUGCAUCAAAUACCCUCGGAACACUUUGGUCUUCAAGAUGUGGAAACUCGUUUCCGCCAACGAUACCUCGACUUGAUCAUGAGCGACCGCUCUCGCAACAUCCUCCUCACGCGGGCAAAGAUCGUCUCUUACAUCCGCAACUACUUCGACUCGAAUGGCUUCAUCGAAGUUGAAACGCCAAUGAUGAACUCGAUCGCCGGCGGCGCCACGGCCAAGCCCUUCGUCACACACAUCAACGAGUACGAUACCGACAUGUUCAUGCGAAUCGCUCCGGAGCUGUAUCUCAAGAUGCUCGUGGUCGGUGGCAUCGAACGUGUGUACGAACUAGGCAAGCAAUUCCGCAACGAGGGCGCCGAUCUCACGCACAACCCGGAGUUCACGACCUGCGAAUUCUACGAGGCCUACGCUGACGUCUAUGACGUGAUGGACCGCACCGAAGAGCUCGUGUCUGGACUCGUCAAGGAAGUCACCGGCGGACACAAGACGACUUUCCACACCCAGACCGGCGAGACGUACGACGUCGACUGGUCCCGUCCCUGGAAGCGCAUCGACAUGAUCCCGGCCCUCGAAGAAGCGACGGGUGAGAAGUUCCCCCCCGGUGACCAGCUCCACACCGCCGAGACCAACGAGUUCUUCAAGCGUCUCUUGAAGAAGGUCAACGUCGUGUGCUCGCCGCCCGAGACCAACGCUCGCAUGCUCGACAAGUUGGUGGGCGAGUUCAUCGAGGAAAAGUGCAUCAACCCCACCUUCAUCACGGGCCAUCCGCAAAUGAUGUCCCCCUUGGCCAAGUACCACCGUUCCCAGGCCGGCAUCUGCGAGCGUUUCGAGGCCUUCGUGUGCAAGAAGGAGAUUGUCAACGCUUACACCGAGUUGAACGACCCGUUCGAUCAGCGAUUGAGGUUCGAAGAGCAGGCCCGCCAAAAGGCACAAGGUGACGACGAGGCGCAAAUGGUGGACGAGAACUUUUGCACGGCCCUCGAGUUCGGUCUACCCCCCACGGGCGGUUGGGGUAUGGGUAUCGAUCGGAUGGUCAUGUUCCUGACCGACAACUACACGAUCCGUGAGGUUUUGGCCUUCCCCUUCAUGAAGGAAGAGAAGAACACCGGAAAGGACAAGCAACUUGCCGCCGAAGUCGUCGGGAUCGAGCCAAUGCCUGAAGAGGACGUGAGUGUCAAGCAUUGAUUGAUCAAAGCGGUAAACGAGACCGAGUGAACCGCCUUCUUGUUUCUCUUGUUCAAGGGAAGAGUAGUUCACCUUCGCCUCCCUCUGGAUUUGGCAAACCUGACUAGAGAUAUUGGGAAAGAAUUAGCAUCUUGCGUGGAUGGAUAGAGAGAUGCCAUGUGGGGGUUUCUUUUCAAGGAGACUACCAAGAGAGAGAGAGAAGAAACAAGAGAGGCAAGAAAGACCGUACUGGGAUGAGAUACGAGUUGUACGCUAUAGACGUUGAUGAGGCAUGGAAUGGAGCCGGAACCUUUUUGGGGUGAUGAUGUACACCGAGACAAUAAGGGGAGAGAGACAAGAGACAGAGAGGGGCCAGACGGUCAGAUGAAACUUUCUCAUGUCCCAUCACACACGUGUGUGUCUUUGCAUAACCAGCGGCACGAACAAUAUGUCAGAAGAGAGAAUUGAAAUCGAAGAGUCUUUUUUUAUUC